AUGAUCGAAAAGGCAAAAUUGUUAGUGGAUGAACUAGAAAUAAAGCUUUAUGGAGAAGCAGGUUCUGUUGAUGAGGAUGUCAUUACUGAAUCCUUAUCUUUAUUGCAAAAGUGCAAAAUAAAUAAAAAACAUAUUUCUGUGGCAUUAUGUGCAAAUGCUGAUGGAUCUUAUAAGUUGGCUCCUCUUAUAAUUAGCAAAUAUGCCAAACUCCAAUGUUUCAAAAAUUGGCUUCAGGAUUUCGACCACCAAAUGUUGCAGAAGCAUAGAGGCCAGUAUGUUUUUUUACUUCUUGACAAUUGUUCUAGUCAUAAAUUAGAUGAGUUAACCCUCCAGUAUGUAGAUGUACAUUUUUUACCUAAAAAUACAACUUCUAGGAUACAACCAAUAGACACAGGAAUAAUCAUAACUUUUAAAAGAGCCUAUCAUUGUUUUCAUCUUCAAUGGAUGUUGGAGCAAGUUGAAGCAGAUAAUUUCAUUCAGAAUUUGAAGAUGGAUGUUUUACAAGUAAUCUUGUAUAUCAUAAAGGGUUGGGGAGAGGUUUUGGCUGAAACCAUAUGUAACUGCUGGCAUCAUACAAAAAUUCUCCUGUCUAGUGCAAAUCUUUCAGAUGAUCUUUGUGAAGCUGGUGAUUCAAGGCUUGAAAAUCUUAUUAGGUCACUAAAUACUCUCUGUCUUCCAAAUGCAAUGGAAACUGAUGAAUUCUUAAAUUUUAAUAAGGAUCAAAUUAUUAAGAAGCUAGCUUAUGUGUUCAGAAAUGAUGAAAGUGUUGAAGUUAUGGAUGAAGGAAAUACUGAGGUAAUGGAUGAUAGUGUGGAACCCACAGUUGUUAGUGGUAGUUCGGCAUUGAAUAGCUUAGAAAAUGUUCAGAUGUUUUUACUUCAGCAGGAAGGCUCGGGUAAUCAAUUAAAAUUAAUUAAUUUUCUUGAGAAAUUUAUUAGGAAAAUGAUCUCAAGUUCUGCUUAG